CGGCCCGGCAUGGGCAUAGGCCUUUCCCCGGUCCCAGUGCGCAGCCGCGUUCAGACCCGCCCCGCUUGAUGUGGCUUCCGGGCGGAGUGUUUCCGGGUCGCCGCUGGUGCCGGGGUACUGGUCUCCGUACCCCGCAGCCGGCCGGAGCGGCGAGAGCCCAGCUGGGCCUGGCUCCGGCUCCGGCGGCGGCGGCUGCGGCGGCAUCUCCUUCUUGCUCCUCCUCGGCCGGGACGGCCUCGGCGGCAGUGCUAGGGGUGAGUGCAGGGCGGUAGCGAGCGGAAACUCCCUCCGGGGCUUCCCCGGGCGGAGGGGGCGCCUGGCUCGGCAGGGCUCGGCGGGCCCGGGAUCGUGGUCCCCUCGCGGCCGGCAGGGGCGACAGGCGGAUUCGUCCUUUCGGCGAUCCCAGAGCCCCAGCUUGUCCACGCCCCCGGGGGUGCUGCCUCGCAGACUUACGGGAUUAGCCGACGGUGGCUUGGGACAGCUCCGGAGAAGAACCCCCACUUCGGCGACUAGCCAAGCAGGAGGACACCCUGAUUCUACCGUGAAGCAGUUAUCGCGCAGUGGCCCCCAGCUCAGGCUCUAGGGGCAGACCUGGGUUUGUACUCACUAUGUGACCUUGGACAAGUCAUUUCACCUUAUGAUCCUCAGUUGCCUCAGUUAUCAAAUGGGGGUGAACCUACCUGCUAGCGUCGUAGUGGGUAUGAAAUGAGAAGAUGCAUGUGAAGCCCAGCCCCCGGCGUACAGUAGGCGUCUUAAGUGAAAGCUGGUAUUACUUCAUUUCACAAGCCGGUGGGAAGGGACCGAGUUUGAGACUGGGGUGUUUUUCUUAACUGAUUUGGCCCUCGCGGGCUGUAAGAAUUAUCCAAGGUGGGAACAGCAGCCGCCGGCUUCUGUCUCUUGCAAGGAGGGGGAAGCAGCUUCCUUCAGAACGCCUCUGAGAGGCGGCUGCCACCAGAGAAGCUCGCUUUCAGCACCUCUGGGGUUAUUUUCAGAGAUUUGAGCACUCUGCUGGCCCAGGUGGGCAACGUGUCCGUGUUAUUAGCCAUGUCCCGGCCUCUAAACCAGAAGCCAUGGGGGAGUUAAGGUAGCCCCCCUCUCUGGAUUGGAUGGGGAAGCCCAGUUCAAUGGAUACAAAAUAUAAGGAUGACUUAUUUCGGAAGUACGUGCAGUUCCACGAGGGCCAAGUGGACACCACCCCCAGCAAGCAGCGGCCUGGCAGCGAUGAGUACCUGCGGGUGGCAGCCUCAACCCUGCUCAGCCUACACCAGGUGGAUCCCUUUUAUCGAUUCCGGCUGAUCCAGUUCUACGAGGUGGUGGAGAGCUCUCUGCGCUCACUGAGCUCCUCCAGCCUCCGGGCUCUGCACUGCGCUUUCAGCCUGCUGGAGACAGUGGGCGUCAACCUCUUCCUCUACCCGUGGAAGAAGGAAUUCAAAAGCAUCAAGACCUACACGGGCCCUUUUGUUUAUUAUGUCAAGUCUGCAUUACUGGAAGAGGACAUUCGCACCAUCCUGAACUACAUGGGAUACGUGCCUGAGUUGGGGACUGCAUACAAGCUCAGAGAGCUAGUGGAGACUCUCCAGGUGAAGAUGGUCUCCUUUGAGCUCUUUCUGGCCAAGGUGGAGUGUGAGCAGAUGCUGGAAAUCCACUCUCAAGUGAAGGACAAGGGCUACUCGGAGCUGGACGUUGUGAGUGAGCGCAGAAACAGCACGGAGGAUGCACGUGGCUGCUCAGACGCCCUUCGGCGGCGGGCCGAGGGCAGGGAGCACCUAACGGCCUCCAUGGCCCGGGUGGUGCUCCAGAAGUCAGCCAGCGAGCGGGCGGCCAAGGACUACUACAAGCCCCGUGUGACCAAGCCCUCGAGAUCAGUGGAUGCUUAUGACAGCUACUGGGAGAGCAGGAAGCCGCCCCUGAAGGCCUCCUUGAGCCUGCGGAAGGAGCCUGCGGCCCCAGAAUUGGGGGAUGACCUCAAGGAUGAGAUUAUCCGCCCGUCCCCUUCACUACUAACCAUGUCCAGCUCCCCCCAUGGGAGUCCGGAUGACCUCCCACCUGCCUCCCCCAAUAAUGGCCUCAGCCUGCUGCGCAGCCCCUACUUCUCCACUCAGGAUGAUGUGGAUCUGUACACUGACUCGGAGCCCAGGGCCACCUACCGGAGGCAGGAGGCCCCACGGCCAGAUGUGUGGCUGCUCAGAAACGAUGCCCACCCCCUCUACCACAAGCGCUCGCCCCCCGCCAAAGAGUCUGCGCUAUUGAAGUGCCAAAACUGCGGGCUGUCGUGUAGCUCCUCCCUCUGCCAGCGCUGUGACAGCCUGCUCGCCUGUUCCCCGGCCUCCAAGCCCGGCGCCUUCCCUGGCAAGGCCUCUGCUCACGACAGCCUGGCUCCCGGACUCCCUCUGCGGGAGAAGUACUCGGGCCAGACUCAGGGCCUUGACCGACUGCCACACCUCCACGUGAAAUCCAAGCCCUCCGCCACCUCCCGCUGUGGCUUCUGCAACCGCCCAGGUGCCACCAACACCUGCACCCAGUGUUCAAAAGUUUCCUGCGACGCCUGUCUCAGCACCUACCAUUACGACCCCUGCUGCAAAAAGAGUGAGCUGCACAAGUUCAUGCCCAACAGCCAGCUGAACUACAAGUCCACCCAGUUCUCCAGUAUCUUGCAUAGAUAGACUUGACCUUUCACCUUCCUGCUACAAGGGCUACACCACUGACCUUUCUGGUUUCAUGGUGAAGAAGGAGUGAUGCAUUGAUCUUGGAAGCAGAGGCCUGCACUUUACCAUUUAGGUGCCCAGAGGAUUGUGGGGCUGGCUGCCCCCGCUUGUGGGAGUUCACUUAGCUCUCAGUAAUGCGGACAUUUCAACCAAUGGCUGCUUUGUCCUUUGACAAGGGAGAGGGUAGCACUUCCAUUCAGAUUCAUUUUUACUAAUCUCUACUCUUAUUCAGUUGUUUUUGUUUUUUCUUUUUUAAAGAGGAUUUCUAUCUCUAGAACUCUUCUCACCCACCGAGAAGGCAACUUGGACUGGGAAGGACCUUUCAGGUCACUUCCACACACACACCUGGAGUGGCGAGCUGGAGGCCUGUUGGCUUGUGAAAUGAGCCCUCCUGCCACACUUGGGCCUCUUCCAGUGGCUCAUCCCUCUCCACUCCCACCCCCAACACAAGCAUCCCUGCCUGGGCUCUCCUCCUCCCUGGCUUACCCCUGCCUCUCUGGGUUUCAGGGGCUGAGCCGAGGCCACUGUUAGCUGAAUGUCAUCCUGUUGCCAAGCACAGCUCAUCUUACUUAGCCCACGGUAUUUGUGAACUUUUCUCCAAAGCAUUGAAGUGUGCACCUUCCACAGCAGGACUGACUGUUUUUUUUUCCUUUCUGUUGUUUGCACAUGCCCCUCUUACUGUAUUGUAAAUAGAUAUUUUUGAGAUUUAUUUUUAAAUAAAUAUUCAACUUGCCAAGUG